UUUAAAAAUGUGGCGCAGCUUUGAUUUCUUCCCCCCUCAAGAAGGGAAAACCCUGUGCAGACUUUUUGUGAGAGAAGCUUCUAAUGCCUAUGCUAUUCUUUUCAAACCAUGAAUUUGACUUAGUUGGCUCUUCCUGGUGUCUCAGCAAUCUACACCCUCUUGAUAAGUGCCUGUCUCUCUCAUCCUCCAAUCCAAACUCCAAAUCCAUUCUAUCAGAAACCGCAUCAGUUCAGUUUAGUCCUCCCACCGAGAACUUCAGAAAUUCGAUACCAGAUGCUCAGCUCGUUCAUCUGCGGCACUUUUCAACCUGAGGAAGGAGAAGAAGAUGAUGAGCCCUAUUGGAACAACUUCCCUAGAUCCCCUGGAAAACCCAGGAGGCACCGCUUGCUCAGGAGGAGCAGCAACGGCUAUAUCGGGAAGGAGAGCAAGAACCCGUAUGCGAACCGGGGGCUCGACAAGUUCUCGGCCCUCGUGGCCGACCUCGAGGAGAAGAGGAAGGAGAUAUACCUGCAAAGCGGGUCGCGGGACAUAGCCUUCGUCCGGUUCGUUGCGUCGAGCUCGGACAACUUCGUGCCGGUCGUCGUGAAGGCGAAGGAUCAUCACCAUCAUCACCAUCAUCAACAUCAUCAUCAUCAGAACAAGGAGAAGAAGAAGGCAGAGAAGAGUGAGGCGAGGAAGAAGAUUGCGAGUGCGAUCCGUGAUUCGGAAACCACGGUCGAGUCUCCAGAGGAGGUGAAAGCAGCGGAUCAACCCAAGGUGGAAUUGAAUGAGGCGGCAAAGAGGAAGAGCUUCUCGUGGAGGAGGCCAUCUUGCUAUGUGCCUUUGGCUAUGAUCAUGAUCUUGUUGCUGUUGACUUUGUUUGGGAGGUCAUUCGCAAUCGUGUGCACUUCCCUCGGGUGGUACAUGGUUCCUUCCCUGAGAGGAAGGAGCUCGACUGUCGCGAGGAAGAAGAAGAAGAUGGAAGCUUCUGGCAAGAGGGGGAGUGAGAAUAAGGACAUAGCGAGAAUUGGUGGAGCAUAUUCUCCUCCCAGGAGCAAUAACAGAGAAGAAUAUGGCAGGACGUGACAAGAUGGACAUUGUAAAAGCUGGUGAAAAUGAACAAAUUUCCGUGAUAUACUCUUAAUUUGAUCUAACUUCUCAGUCCCUUUUUUGGGUCACAGAGACGAUAAUUGUUCAUUUUGCAGAGAAAAAAGGGAUUUACUCUCUAAAUCACAUGUAGGGUUAGGGUUUACAUAAACGAAUUUUAUAUGUCUUGGCUGUUGGGAGGUCCUUCUCUUCUUUCUGGACAUGUCCUCAUAAAAUGCCUCUCAAAUUUGUGAAUAAUGACUUACGAGCCAUUUUGGUUGUCCUGGGGCUAGACAGAGAGCACUCCUAUAGCUCCCCCAGGAAGUUUGCUUUGUAAAGACAGCUUCUGUUCAGGAUAAGAUUUAAGACGUA